UUAGCACAAUCAAAGCUUUUCUCAAUCUACCAAUUUGUUUCUUUAUUUUACCAUAUAGUCAAAAUGGCUCGUACCAAGCAAACUGCCCGCAAAUCCACUGGUGGAAAGGCUCCAAGGAAGCAGCUAGCCACCAAGGCUGCCAGAAAGUCAGCUCCGGCCACCGGAGGAGUGAAGAAGCCUCACCGUUUCAGGCCAGGAACUGUGGCUCUGAGAGAAAUCAGGAAGUACCAGAAGUCUACCGAGUUGUUGAUCAGGAAGCUUCCAUUUCAGAGGCUCGUGAGGGAAAUAGCUCAGGAUUUCAAGACAGAUCUGAGGUUCCAGAGCAGUGCUGUGGCUGCUUUACAAGAGGCUGCCGAGGCCUACCUCGUUGGGCUCUUUGAAGAUACCAAUCUUUGUGCAAUCCAUGCAAAGAGGGUUACCAUCAUGCCCAAGGAUAUUCAGCUAGCUAGGAGGAUUCGUGGAGAAAGGGCUUAGGAACCCUUUUAUGCUUAUGAUUAAUUUGUCUUCUGUCCCAGGGCUUUAUUUUGAUCUUUCGUUGAAUGUUAGUGUAAAUCAAAUGAGUUGUUUCAAUCAAAGUUAUGUAAACUUCUGGUUUAGUAUGAUUCUGAGAUUUGAUUAAUGAAAUCUGUGGUUCAUUUUAUUUCAA